AUGCCCCCGGUGAGGCCGAGUGCACCGGGGGCCCGGCCGAGCACGAGCAAGGAGAGCAAGCACGGCCAGCGCCGCAUGGUGCGGAGUGCCGGCGGCAGCGGCUCCGCGUCUUCGGCCAGCAUCGCGCCCUUCCGCCGCGGCAGCACCUCUCCCGCACCAGAGCACGUCCCCCAGAAGAUCCCCGACCAGCAGGUGCCCUACAGCGUCACGGCGCCACAUGUCCAGCCUCCAGUCUUCCAGAGAGUUCCUGUGUACGGGCCUCCACGCAGCAGCAGCGAGGGCGUCACCGUCACGCACGAGACCACCGUGUCGAACGCGAGCACCCACAACCUGGCCCAUCAGACUGGCCUUCAGAAGGUGAUGCUCAAGUCGAGCGUCGUGGUUCUCUCGGUCGCCUUCGUCGCGCUGCUCGGCGUCGCCUGCGUCAUCAUCGCCAACAGAACAUCCAGCUUGAGCAAGUUCAUGCAAAAGAACGCGACGAUGCUGGUGCACCCAACGUCAGCACAUCCGGCAAGGGUGCCGGGCUCCGGCAUGACGCAGCGAACAACGGAGGCGAUCGAAACCAUCGCCGAAACAUCGCAAGGCGUGCCAAUAGCGGUUGUUAACCAGCCGCACGCACAGAAGUCUCACGGAGUGCUCGGAGCUGCGUAUUUCAACAACAGCAUCUUGCCUCGGGGAUUCAGCAGGGACUAUGUCUGCACCACGGACAGCUGCAUCAAGGAGGGGGAGCGGCUGGCGGGCCUGGUGGACCCGGUGCUGAGCCCGUGCGACAACUUCUACGAGUACACGUGCGCCACCUGGGCCGAGGAACACCCUGUGCCUCGGGGCGCACAGAAGGUCUCCUACCAGUCGAGCAUCAUAGACUACGUCGAGAAGAAACUGGACUGA